CCACCAAGCUCGAACUCGACAUUCUCAUGUCCAGCCUUUCCACUUCGCAUUGAGUUACUCUCCCAGACAGAUCAACACACGCUCCCUAACACAUAGCCUUCUUUAUGCAGCGCCAUGCUCUUCGAUGAGCGCAAAUAAACUCGCCAACGGGCACUUGUCCAAGCACGGCAGCACGACCGACCCCUCGCGCCUAGCACCAGAAGAUGCGUACCAUGUGUGCUCCCCCCCGCGGGACAGGGCGCGCAGCCCACUGGGUGUAACAGGGGCGAAUGGGUCGGCUGACAGGGUCGGCGAUCCGAGGAGAUCGAGAACGCGAGAGGGCAGGCGAAGGGGGAGUAAGAGAAGGAGAGGCGCGUGGGCGAAAUUGCUCUGGGUGAAGCAGAGCUAUCCGGACAACUACACGGACGAGUACACGUUUCUGGAUCACCUGCAGCGCAACCCGCGACUGCAGCCGUACGAGUUCUGGAAGCUCUUUGCCGAAGCGACGGUGAUAGUUCAGCACGUCUGUAGUGUGGCUAUAUUUCUGUGUUGCUUCACCGGCAUCUACCAGGAGAGGAUCAGUCCAGCCACUGUGGUAUUCUGGAGUAGCAUAGCUACUAUUGUCGGAUGGGUCCUGUGGGACUCUUGGGUUGGCCAGCAAGAGAAGGAGGAAGAGGCAAAGCUUCAUACGGCAGGCGUGGAAAAGCUGGAUCUGGCGAACGGAGAUGCUACGCCAGGUUCGAGCAACGCCAGAGAACUCGAAAGUACCACUGGGACACCGUUGACAUCACGACCAACCUCUUCUCAGGGAUCGGGGCCAUCCACGCCCGUGGGCCAUCCAACGGGGGCAUCUACGUUCGCAGCAUACACCAGCGUGCCUCCGUAUGGUGAGCGAAGCCUGUAUUACUCCCCACGGACACAGAAACGGUUGGCUACAAUAAAAUCAUCAAUUCUCAUAUACUGCGCCUUGCUAGGUUUGUCGCCCAUCCUAAAAUCACUGACCAAGUCAACAACAAGCGAUUCCAUAUGGGCAAUGAGUUCCUGGCUCAUGGGCAUCAAUGUUGCCUUUUUCGACUACGGCGGAGGAGUCGGCGCAAAAUUCCCGGCUUCGUUAUCCACAAACGCAGCGCUCAUGGCCUCAACCGUGCUGGCGUCACGUCUUAGCUCCACGACGCAUGUCUUCUCUCUGACUCUGUUCUCCAUUGAAGUCUUCGGCCUUUUUCCAGUCUUCCGCAGGCACCUGAAGCAUGUGUCCCAGUGGGCACAUAUAGCAACCACGAUCUUGCUCGUGCUUUGCGCCGGUGCCGGUGUUGGCGUGACGGUCAGUGGAGGUGGAUGGUUCGCUGGAAUUGUUGGCUCCAUACUCGGAAGCUUUCUAACUGUUUUAGCCAUGGGAAUAUGCACCUGGUGGCUGGUCGGGCUCCAGAAGUACAAGAACGAGAUUCAUGGUCCGUGGGAUCCUGCGAGGCCGGUUGUGAGGACCAGGUGGGAUUGAACGUGGGUUAUCAUUUGACAUGAAUCAAACUUAUCCGCACCAGCGCUCAGUAGCCACCAUCUCUUGGCCAUUCGCCAGAAUGCCAUCGUUGUUCGUACGCGUCCAACAAGCAGACUCCUUUUAGAGGAUUGUACGUGGCUCCCUUUUCAAGCCAUGACGCUCUCUUCCCCGUUUGCAACCUAUACUCGCUCCCGGUCAUUAUCUCGAGAUUCACACAAGGACCUUUCUUUUCCCACAUGACGACUUUGUCUUCUUUCUCACCCUCGACGGCGUUAGCCAUCCAUUCUGUCAUUCCAGCGAGUCGCGCGAAACGCAUCACACCCACAAAAGCGACUGGUCCCCAUUUUUCAAGGUAUCGCUCUCUAGACCCAAAAAGUAGCUCGCUCCCAUCGACACCAGUCAUAACAAUGCGCUGCAGCUUGUGAGGACCCUGCAGGAGCUCCUUCAGAAGCGCCACGCUACGCAUCAUCUCCUGCACCCUCCAGCACUCGAUAUUGAUACGCAAGGUUCUCACAUUCGGCGCCCCAGAACGCAGGCUCCCUACUUUCGUCGCCCUGAACGAGUCCACUUGUGGCUUCCACGACAGGUAUUGAAUCCACUCCCUUUCAACUGCUGGAUGCGCAUCAUUCACCUCUCGAAGAUCCACUUCGACAUCUUGGAUCAUCCCUCGGUACUCGUGCGGCAACGCGGAUAGGAAUUUGUCUGCGCUAAACGAAGUGGUAAAGCGGAAGGUGUUAUUGGCGUAGAGAGGCCCUACUGAGAUCUCCAUAUGCAUUCGCUUACACGUUCGGAGCAACUGAGUACUCAAGUCGGGCACACGAUGGUGAUCCGUACGGUAUCCCAUCGCCUUUGCGAAUGCUGUAUAUGUUGGUGGAAUGGUGGGAUCUACAAUCGGUUUGUCGGCGGUCAUGGCCAAUUCGUAGAUCUGGUUACGUAGUUCACCAGGCAGUCGGCUGAAGAACAGUGAUGCAUUCUGAGGAUUGAUUUUUUCGUCCAUAGCAUCAUGAAUGAAGGGCAUUUUUGGGCGUGUUAAGCUCAACCCGUACUGAGAAGAGAAGCAGAAAAAUGCGAAAGUGGAUCCGGUGGACAGUACGUCUUGCUCUCAAGUACUGUGGUGGUCACGACGGCAAGCUCCAGCAAACGGAUUGGGUAAUUUGCCUAUCCGAUGUCAGAACAAGGGUUACGGAGGCAAUAUGUUCGAAAUAGGAUAACGUUGUGGAUGUGGGCCCAUUCAUCCUCUGUGCUUGUAUAUGCAAGGGUCCUCGUUGCUGUCGACCAUUUCUUUUUAGACAAUUGUCGUAGAGCAUUCAGCCUUCCAGGUCGUGAUCUCAGCCGCUGGCUUGCUAUCAACCGCUCUUGGCCAACUGGCAAAGCCUGCAGCAAAUCCAAACGACGUCUGGUUUCGCCAAUGAGUGAUACAGAGCCCCCACCAGCACGCUCC